CUCAGUUGUCUGCAGUUUCAUACUCUAGACCAGUUAUUCCCAACCAGGGAUCCUUCUGUAGUUGUCAGGGUGUGUGUGCAAAGAUUGUACAGAAGCUCAACUCAUUUGAAAAAUACUUAGGUAAAAGUUUUAUUCACACAAAACAACAACAAAAGAAAAAACUGCAUAUUGAUGAAACAACUAAAGAAUGCACAUUGCAAUUGAGAGUGCAGGGAAACUAAGCAGUGAAGACUCAAAUAAUGAAAUGGAUUGCUGAAAGUGAUAAAGGAAUGGUUGAAAUGGACAGAAUAAGCCCCAAUAGUGACAUCUGGUGUCACUUGACUGACUUCAACUCCUAAACCUUUCAGUGAGAGAGAAAUUUCACCUUCUCUUUUGAGUGUACAAGUGUAUUUUUGUAUUGCAGUUACUGGGAUUUGUAGUUUGUAACAAAUGGAAACUGUACAGCAACACAUUUGUGUAAUUAGGGAUAUGUGCAUUCAGAUUUGACCUCACUCUUUAAGGUGAGGUACUUUGUGGAAGUUUUUCUCCUUGUGUAUCACUAUGGUGUGUCCCUGCAGCAUACCUCCAUGUUUUAUACACCUCAAGUUUAUUGUGGGUUUACUGUGGGCUGUUCCUCUUCCCUGAGGCAGGGGAGAAGCCCGGGGCCCAAGUCACAACACAAGUAAAGGGGGUGAAGCCUUUUUUUUUUCUUUAAAUAAGCCUUAAUUAACUGUAAAUAACUCCCAACAUGGGUCGACAGCAGCACUUGGCUCUGUAUCUGCAUUAGAAUGGAAGGCAGCACUGUAGAGCUUAUGCGUAAACAAUCCUUAUCACAACACCAUUAUGCGCGGCUUGGUUAGUAAGUCUUCACUCUGUUGAGAAUCUCGGAUGUUGUUAAGCCUUCGAGAUAGGUCCAAGUAAAUGUUAGUUAGAGGACUUUACAGGCUUGCCAACUGUUUAUGCGUCCUAGUGCAGGCCUGAGGAGAGGCUUACUGGAGGUUUCUGUGGGGAGAGAAGGGAGCCAGACAGGCGACAGUCAGCGCUGUCUUGGCCUCGGGGCAGAGGCAGGGAGCGAGCAGGCGAACCAAUGAGAAGGAGACAUCCACUCCCCUCAGUCCUGCCCGGCUUGGCUCAGCUCGACGCGCCCUGUAAUUAGGAGCUCUAGUUGGGUUGGGCGCCGCCACGGUGGACAGCCUGGCUGCUGCGUCAAGGGAGUUUGGGAACGCCAGCUCCAGACUGCGUGCGGAUUUCCGAACACUCCUGGUUUCGAGUUCAGAGCAAAAAAAAGCAAAAAGAAAACAACAACAAUCCUGAAAAUGAACGGGCAACCCUCACCUGUCUUCGAGGAGAAGAAACCUUCGCUUCCCGCGGCCGGGAGCUCCAUCUCGGCCACCAAGGAUUCCCCAACCCUGCCGGAGUCCUCAUCCACAGACAUGGGCUUCUACAGUGGCCAGAGCGCGCUCCACGGCUCGCAGGAUUUCUACCCGGCACAGCAGCCGUACUCAGCUCAGCACAUGAACCCGUACGCGUACCACCACUAUAACUUGAACGGGAUGGGUCCAGGCGGCGCGUACCCUGUUAGCAAGACAGAAUACCCAUACCCUCAUGCAACAUACAGAGAGCACGGGGCAUUCAGCAGGGAGGUGCAGUCAGCGAUGCAGGACAGUGUGAAAGAAGAACCAGACAUGGAGGUUCGGAUGGUCAACGGUAAACCCAAGAAGGUGCGUAAACCCCGGACCAUCUAUUCCAGCUACCAGCUGGCAGUCCUGCAGAGGAGAUUCCAGUCAGCCCAGUACCUGGCCCUGCCGGAGCGGGCCGAGCUAGCUGCACAGCUGGGCCUCACACAGACACAGGUCAAAAUUUGGUUCCAGAACCGUCGUUCCAAAUUUAAGAAGCUCUACAAGAACGGAGAGUUUCCACUCGGGGAAAUUCCUCUUGAGCACAGUCCAGAAGCCAGCGAUUCCAUGGCCUGCAACUCUCCUCCAUCCCCAGCUGUGUGGGAAACCAGCAGCAACAGUAACAACAACAACAACAACAGCAACAGCAACAGCAACAACAACAGCAGCAGCAGCAGCAGCAGCAACAGUAAUAGCAGCAGCAGCAUCAAGAAUAAUGCAAUGCUGGAUCCUACCAGCAGGGGGCAGGCUCCCUAUCAGCCUCCAGUUGAUUCCUCGCCCACCUACAUGGGGGAGUAUACGCACCAGAACUGGUACCAGCAGCAGGGUGCACAUUUAGGUCUGCCAUCGUCGGGCCCAACGCACCACACACCAUCAACAGCAGCCACGUCAGCCACACAGAGUAUGGGAGCCGUUUACUGAAACAUGAACAAUUUGACCCGAGCCCCGUGCUUAGACACCAGGUGGCUUUUUUGGAUAAUUUGGAGAGCUGCAGUGACCAGAAAACACCUAACAGUGAUCAUCAGACAUGAGUCAUGACUGUAAAACCUGACACACAUUGUAAAACAGGCUUUUCUGCUGUAAAUGUGGUUUGAAAAAAUGCUGGCCUCAGUUACCCUCUUCUCCUCAUCUCCAAAGUUUAUAAACUCAUAACAUAGUUGUUAUAACGGAGCUUAGGGUAAGAGAAGUGCUGAGACUCAUACUGCUAUUUUUAUUUGAAAUCACUGAUAAUAUUUUGUAUAUUUAAUAUUCUAAAUAUGACCAUAUUUAUGUCAAAAACUUGCAGUGGUUCAGUCUCCAGCUUAAAUCGUUCCUCUGGAAGUGGCCUCUAACACAGAGUUUUCACAGUAAAGGUCUUUAUAUCACUGGGGGCAUUUUAUGUGUGAUUAAUUCACACGUCAGUAUAUUUUUUCGAGCUGUUGUUUUUGUCAUACUUUCACACAAUAUAAUGGGGAAAAUAGUUUGUGGUGAAAAAGUGUUUUUUUUUUUUUUUUUUGAAAGCAUAGACCAAUCAUAUAGACUCUCAGAGGCUACUCUGGGUCAGUCGUCUCCCUAGUUGUUCCUCUGCCUCCUCAGAUGUGGUGCUAUCAUCCCCAGCAGGACCUCAAACCAACAUCCUAAAAUAUGCCUGGAACCGGCUGUGGUGGAGCUUCAGCUCCUGGAUAUUUCGCAGGCAAGUAUUCUGCAUUUUUGUGUUAUUUAAUUGUCACAACCCUGGUGUGUAAAGGCCUCCAAACUGAAUACUACUGAAAUUCCCUUAGUAAAUUAAAGCCAAUCACACCAGCACAGGAAACUUUAAGAUAUGUAGGGCUUUAAAUUAAAACAGGACUGUUUGAUGUAGUUGUGGUGUAUCACGUCACUUGAGACAAGUGACGUGAUACACACAACACGUCACUUGUGUAUCAAGUGACGUGUUGUCAAGGUGGACAACAGAGGAAGCAAACCCAGAGAGACACUCAAAUGAACCAUGAGAGUGAGUUUCUUUAAUAGUACAAUGUUCAAUAUACAUUAAUCGCUGAAUUUUAGUGAAUUUCCACCAGUAGGAACAUCAUGGACUGAACAACACAACCAAAUAUUUGUGUCCAUAUAUUUUUUGUGUAAAGUUUUUUUUUUUAUCAGACAUGUCUGUGGCAGAUAUAAGUAGAACUGCAUGUGGAUGUGAAGAGCUCAGCCUUGUGCUCUCAGUGUGUUGAGGUAAGCCCGGGCUUAAAAAUGUGCGCACAGCAGUGGGCAAGAACGUCACAAAGAACCAACAAGUUAAACCGUGGAUUUAAAGUUGAACUUUUAAUUUCAUGUCAUCUAGAUUAGGACUGAAUAGAGUAAACAUGUGGCUGCCAUA